GUGUAAUCCUGGCAUCCAGCCCUGCAAAGAGUGAAGACCUGUCUCUGAUUAGAUCUGAAAGGACUCCAGCACUCAGACACUGUGCAGGGAAUGGCAAGGAAACACUUGGCUCCUGGAUAAGCAAGUACAGCACAAGAGAUCAUCAUACAUGGAACCUUUAGUGGGUAUCACAAAUUGUGAUGACAAGACACUGAAGCUGUGAAGAUAAUCUACUUCAGCCCAGGGUCCCCUGGACACCAAGGUGUGAGAGGCCAGGAGGGUUCUUCUGAGAGAGAGAGUAACCAGGAGAGACUGCCAUCCUGAACUGGAGCUUUCAUGAUGACAGAGCUGAACACAACAUCUACAGAAUCCAGCCUGGGGCACAACAGUACACAUAAUGGGACUCACUGUGAACCUCUUUCACCUGAAAUGACAAAGGACAUUGCCACUCUGCUUAUCUGCCUGUUUGGCCUGGUGGGGAAUGGGAUUGUUCUGUGGUUCCUUGGCUGCCGCAUGAAGAGGAAUGCUUUUACUGUCUAUAUUCUAAACUUGGCUGUCACGGACUGUGGAUUCCUGCUCAGUCUAUCUGUUGUUCUCAUAAUUUACAUAGCUGAAUAUUUCAUUUGUGAACUUUUACCAUAUGAUAAUUUAAAACAUUCUUUAUUAUUAUUGAGUUUAUUUGCAUAUAGCACUAGCUUAUAUUUCCUGACAGCCAUCAGCAUUGAGAGGUGUCUGUCUGUCUUCUGCCCCAUCUGGCACAAAAUCCGCCGUCCUAAGCACUUGUCUGCUUGUUUGUGUGCCCUGCUGUGGACCUUCUCAUCCUUCAUAAUUGGACUUUGCUUAAUUAGUUGUUUUUAUGGUGGGAACAACAUUUGUCAGAUGACAUUGAGUGUGGUUUUGCUUUUGAAUUUCCCAAUUAUAACUCUCAUUAUGAUUAUUUCCAAUCUGAUCUUGUUCAUUAGGAUUCAAUACGUCUCACAGCAACAUCAGCCAGGAAGGCUCUACAUCGUUAUCCUGCUCACUGUCCUAUUCUUCCUCCUAUUUGCUGUUCCCUUGAGUGCUUUUCUGUUUUUUGGAAUGCAUGGUAUGUUGGGCCCUGAUAUAGGUCUCCUGUUGGCUUCUGCCAAUAGCAGCAUCAACCCUGUUAUCUAUUUCCUUGUUGGAAGCUAUAGGAAGCGGCGGUUCGGGCGCUCUGUCAAACUUGCCCUCCUGAGAGCCUUUUAUGAGAAAGAAGAUUGUAGAGGGGUAGGUGAAAUCCACAUAGCUGAGACAAUGCAGACAGCCACUUAAAUUCCCAAAAAGCUAGCCUGCAAGAGGAAGUCCUGGGGAUGAAGUUUUCCCCUUAUUUAGAGAGUCCAAGAUAUCAGAAAUGUGAAAGAUCUAACAGGUUGGUCCCUACAUUACUCCCCACCACCAUCCUCAGCAAAAUCCUUCUCCCAAGUGGUGUUUUCACUUUUUAAGUAACUAACAAGUCACAGAAGGCCUGAGCCUAUUUGUCUGGAAUCGGUGAGAAAAUCCUACUGAUUUCUUGGAAUCAAGGAUAAGUCUAAAGGAGCCUGAUGGACUUCGUUGGAUAAAUUAUGCCAACAACAACAUGUAAGUUCAGGAUUUUUUGAACAUUCUCCCCAUGUAGACCUAAUUUGUUUUCUUGCCUAGUGUUCUUGUCUUCUUUAAAAUACUUUGCGUCAGUAACUCCAGAAAACUCCAGGUUUUUCCCUUUAGGCCACUGCUGUCAUGCAUCCCUUACAAUAGCAGCGACUGUGCUGUACUGGAGGCAAUUGAAUGAAGUGCACUGGGAACAGGCUGAGGAAGUAAACCAACAUUUGCUUUGCCAGUCACUGCAUGCAUUGGACUGCUGUUUCUGCAUUCUUCAUCUUCACACUUUUCCUCCCAUGGAGAUGUGACUGCUAGUGUAUUGCUGCCUCUUCAUGGCUAGGAGGUCAAGGGUUUUCUGACAGGUUUCAGUCAACUGCCUUGUCCAUUAGGAUACCUUGCAUGCCUAUCCCUAGGCAAUUGCACAUAUUCUUUCUGUGCUUCAGUUCACUUCACAGGAGAUGCUGGAGGAUUACAGGAGAUGCUGGAAGAUUUAAAUAUCAUCUGUCUGAGCUUGUGUCUGCCUCAUCAGAGUUGGUGGCCCAGAGCUGGUCCCAGGCAGCAGAGACAGUGUCCUCUCAUCCAGCGUGCAGAUCUGGGGGCUUACAUCCCCAGGAGGAGUCCAGCACAGCACAGAAGCCCUCCUGGGGGUGCGAGCCCAUGGAUCUGCACUCCGGAUGAGAGGAGGCUGCCUCCACCACCUGUGACCAGUGCUGAGUGUGGGCUGCACCCAGGCAGCAGUGGCAGCGGCAGUCUCCUCUCAUCCAGAGCACAGAUCUGGGAGAUUCAGGAGGAGUCUGGCACAGCCUGGCAGUCCGCCCAGGGGUGUGAGCCCCCAGAUCUGUGUGCUGAAUGAGAGGAGGCUGCCACUACCACCUGGGCCCAGUCUGUGCCCAGCACUGGUCCCAGGUGGCAGAGGCAGUCUCCUCUCAUUCAGGUUGCAGAUCUGGCUGAUCACACCCCUGGGAGAGCUGCUGGGCUCAGCUGGACUCCUCCCAGGGAUGUGAGUCCUCAGAUCUGUGUACUAGAUGAGAGGAUGCUCCCUUUGUUACCUGGGACUGGUUCUCACUGCAGCCCAUGCUCAGUGCCAGGGAAGAUUGCUGCUGCCGUCACCGGUCCCAGGUGGCAGCGGCAGCUUCCUCUCAUCCAGAGCAGAGAUCUGGGGGCCCACACCUCUGGGAGGAGUCUGGCACAGCCCCACAGCCCUCCUGGGGUUGGGCCCAAGAUCUGUGUGCUGGAUGAGAGGAGGUUGCUGCUUCCACCUGGGAUUGACGCUGAAGCCAAGUAAGCCUGGCUUUGAAACUCAAAAUGUUUUGAAACUUUUGAAACAUUUCAAUUGCCCUCAUUUCAUUUUAAAGCUGUUUCAAAGCCUUUUGUUUCAUUUCAAUUUCUCUGUUUCAAGCUUGAAACGUGUUGAAACAGCUGCAAAAUGAAACACCCGGCAAAAUUUUGCACAGCCCUACUAUGCAUUGGGUAAGUUGAAGAAAGUGAUCAUUUGAUGGUAACAUUAGUUUGUUAUUUUCUCUCAUGACUAUCCACAGGAAAUGGUAGCAUUGAAGUGAUUACUCUAGCCAUAAUAAUCCAGGAAAUGUGAGAGGGAAGCAUAUUUGGAGGUUGGGGUGAUAUGUAUUAUUGGAGCAACUGCAUAGUUGGGAGAGUGUGAUCUGAAGAUCAAUGCUUUGAACUCAAAAGCUGGAUCUUUUGGUCCAA